AAAAGGGGGCUGAGCGUUAAUCAUACGCAGGCGGUUACGCUGGGGGUGAUUGGCGCGUAUGUGGUUGUUAUUGCGUUGUUGUGGAAUUUGCCGUAUGUGAGGUGGGUGUUGUGGCCGUUUAAGAUGCUCGUCAUCGCCUUCCACGAAUUCUCCCACGCAAUAACCGCCUGCUGCACCGGCGGCCGCGUCGAAUCCAUCUCACUCGAUCCCCACGAAGGCGGCGUAACGCACAUGCGCGGCGGCAAGCAAUUCGUCACGCUACCCGCGGGCUACCUAGGCUCCUCUCUCAUCGGCGCACUACUCACCUUCUGCGGCUUCAACAUUGUGGCCUCCAAAGUCGCCAGCAUCGUGCUGGGCGUGUGUUUCCUGCUGACGCUAUGGUGGGCGCGCAAGGAUUGGCUGACUAUCUGCACCAUCCUACUCAGUGUCGGGCUGUUGGUUGCGUUUUGGUUUAUUGAACAUGGCGAGGCGUUGAGGUUUAUGGUUCUUUUCAUCGGCGUCAUGUCCUCGCUCUACAGCGUCUGGGACAUCUGCGACGACCUCAUCCUGCGCAAAGUCAAUUCCUCGGACGCAUCUGUCUUUGCAAAGCGCUACGGCGGCUCCUCGCAGUGCUGGGGCGUCAUUUGGUCGCUCGUCUCGCUGCUGUUCAUGGUCUGUGGUAUUCUGGCCGGCCUCGCAGCGUUCAAGCAGAGCUUCGAGCAGCAGGAGAAGGAUAGUCAGGGGUUUAUUCCCACGGUGCGGUGA